AUCUGUCAAGUGUUUUUCGUUUUUGCUAUGAAUUCAGAGCUAUGAAUUGAAAAUGUAAAAAAAAAAUUGGCACCUACAUUCCUAAAAAUUACAACUAAAUAAAAGAUCUAUUUUAUUUUUGUAUGUUUUCCAUAGUUUGCCUUGAUACACAUUGUCCUAUCAUUUUGGUAUAAAUUAUCACGACAAUGUCUGAAAAGAAUUAUGAAGAUUUGACGAUCAGGGAUGCUGCUAAAGAAGAUAUGUCGGCUGUAGCCGAUAUGAUACAAGAAUUAGCAGAUUUUGAAAAAAUGCCAGAAGGGCCAAAAUUAAGUGUUAAAGAGCUGGAAACCCAUGGCUUUGAGAGCAAUCCUCCAGCAUUCCGUUGCAAAGUGGCAGAGACCACGUCUGGCCAGAAGAGUAUCAUCGGAUAUGCACUGUAUUUCCCCACAUAUUCCACCUGGGAGGGCCGCUCCAUGAUGCUCGAGGACUUGUAUGUGAGGCCUACCGCCAGGAAGAAGGGAGUUGGCAAGAAGCUGUUUAAUUCCGUUGCUAAGGAAGCCAUCAAAACUGGCAGCUCCCGCUUAGACUUCCACGUUUUGGAGUGGAACCCGGCGCGCUCGUUCUACGACGGCCGCGGCGCCGUCGACCUCACCAGCUCCGAGCACUGGUGCUACUACCGCCUCAGCGGGGCCGAGCUGAGAGCCGCAGCUCACGGUACUGUUGGAGAUGCGGCUAAAUAAUUUGGCAGUUAUUCUUGAGGUCAUUUUGUUCCAAAUUUUAUACUGUAAAUAAUAGGUUAACAAGGUCUUUAUUUUUUAUGUUGAAUAAAAAUUGUUACAAUUAUAAAAGUUUUAAGUAUGGCAUAUCCAUGAGUGGAGAAGUUUCAAGUGUGAGAAGCAAAAGGUAUACUCAAAAUACUGAGACAGACAGACAGAAAAAAUGUUCAUGGUCAAUUUUAUUGAAGACUUCCAAAGGAAACUCCAAGCUAUGCCAACAACAUAAUGAACUUCAAUUAGAUUUACAAUAAUGCUGGAUCACAAAUGAUUUAGGUACUACAGUUUUGCCGCACAAAGUUGCAAUGUGUGAGAGCUCUUAACGAACCUAAGGGAACAAGAGCUAUUUCCAAAUCACCAAAUAUACAAACUUCUGAUGGGUAAAAUAAAAUAAAUGUAUUUGUGCUCAAAUAUUUAUUUUACAAAUAAUAGUACAUUUUGUACAUAUUGUUUUCACAAGUCUAGGCAAUAAGUACUGUGAUAUCUGUGCAGGGUCGAUGUUGAACCCCUUGCUAACCUAAAUAGUUUUAUUUCAAUUACAAUUAUAUUUACAUGUUAUAAAUGCU